UCCUCUCUCUCUCCCCCUGGUUCCGGGCCCGAGCAGCGGAUGCUGACUCGGCAGUGAACCCGCCUCCCAGCAGCACUCAGCCGGGAGGGAAUGGCGGUGUGGACCCGAGCGGACCGGAGCGGGCAGCUGGACCUGCUGCUGCGGGACCGCUGGAUCCGAGUGGCGGCCGAGCUGACCCGGGACACGCUGACCCUGACGGCCGAGGCGGAGGCGCCCGGCCCGGGGACCAGCCACUGGGACGGCGGCUCCGCGGGCCUGAGGAACGGCUUCUCCAACGGGAGCGACCCGGGCACGAGUCCGGGGACCCGCGGUCCGGAGAGCCAGACCCCCGGGGCCCGGGGCCGCAGCUCCAGCCCGGGACGAGGGGCUGUCAGCCGGGGGCAGCACGACGGGAACUACAGCCCGGGGAAGUACCCGAACAACGGCACCAACUCCGAGUUCGGCAGCCCGGGCUCCAGCUACGGCAGCCCGGGCUCCAGCUCCGGGUCUCGGCACGGAGACCUCCCGGGGAGUCCGGACGGAUCCUCCGGCGAGGCGGUGCGGAAGGUCCGGGUCGUCAAGCAGGAGUCCGGCGGACUGGGGAUCAGCAUCAAGGGGGGGCGGGAGAACCGGAUGCCGAUCCUCAUCUCCAAGAUCUUCCCGGGGCUGGCGGCCGACCAGAGCCGGGCUCUCCGGGUCGGGGACGCGAUCCUGUCGGUGAACGGGUCCGACCUCCGGGAGGCGACGCACGACCUGGCGGUGCAGGCGCUGAAGAAGGCCGGGAAGGAGGUGACGCUGGAGGUGAAGUACAUCCGCGAGGUGUCUCCGCUCUUCAAGAAGCCGUCCCUGGUGGCCGACCUGCCGUGGGACGGCGUGCGGACGCAGUCACCCAGCUACAGCGGCAGCGAGGACUCGGGCUCGCCCAAACACAGCGGCUCGUCCGCGUCCAAGGACAGGAAGCUCAUCAGCCUGAGGAUGUGCUUCAUCAGCAGGAACCUCACCAUGCCCGAUCUGGAGAGCAGGCUCCUGGAGCUCCACUCCCCCGACGGACAGCACACGGUGGUGCUGCGCUGCAAGGACGGCCCCUCGGCCAGCUCCUGGUUCACCGCCGUCCACACCAACAUCGCCGCCCUGCUGCCACAGACCCUGGCUCACAUCAACGCCUACCUGGGGGCGUCGUCCUCCACCUCCACGCACCCCCACCUCAAACACAUCGGCUGGUUGGCUGAGCAGGUGCAGCUGGAGGGCGGCCGGCAGCAGUACCGCCCCCUGGUCAUGGCUCUGACGGAGAAGGACAUCCUGCUGUUCGAGUCGGUGCCGUGGAACAGAGAGUGUUGGUCCAUGCCUCUGCUCACACACCCACUGUUAGCCACCAGACUGGUCCACUCUGGCAGCGCCCGGGAGUCGCCCGCCCAGGGGGCCGACCUGGUGUUCGCCACGCGGACGGGCACGGGCCGGGGCAUCGAGUCGCACAUCUUCCGGGUGGAGACCCACUGGGAUCUGUCCUCGUGGACGCGAGCGCUCGUGCAGGGAGCGCACGCCGCCGCCGAGCUCAUCAAAGAGGUCUCCAUCGGCUGCACGUUGAACCGGCAGGACGUCCGGCUGACGCUUCACUACGAGAAGGGCUUCACGGUGACCCGGGAGGCGGCCGAGCCGUCGGGCGGCGCCGUGCUCUUCAGAUACCCGUACGAGAAGCUGAAGCUGUCGGCUGACGAUGGAAUACGAAACCUCUACCUGGACUUCGGGGGUGCAGAGGGAGAAAUGGUGUUUGACCUCCACUCUGGUCCAAAGCCCGUGGUGUUCGUCCUCCACUCCUUCCUGUCGGCCAAGCUCACUCGCAUGGGCCUGCUGACGUGAGGCGACCGGCGCCGGCGGGGGGGCCCUGAGACGCCCCGGAGAUGCUGAUAAAGAAGGAUGGGGGGAGGGGGAGGGGUGUUAACGUCUUAUAUUUUCCAGUUUCUCCAUUCACGGCUGCAGUCUGGCCAGAGGUGGCGCUGCAGCGAAGGUUCAACCCGGGAGUUGUUGAUUGUCUCAAACUUGUGCCUUCUCCUCCAGCUUGUCCUUGACCUCCUGCCAGAGCAGUAGGCGGCACUUUGCUGCGAAGUCAGUUACAAUCCACAAAGCUGCAGUAUUAACAGUCUCAUAGGACUCAGAGUUUUAACCUGAUAAAUUCCAUCAACAUUAUUUUGUAUAAAGAAGAACAGGAGCAGAGCUGCUGUGGCGUUGGAGACGACGUCACCAGUGACACUUCCAGCAGAGCUCCGAAUAUUAAGGAGGUUUUUUUCAGAUGAUGAAUUCACAGACAAGCAGAUUGGUGAUGAUCCCUGUUUUAUACUCUAUGCCUUUCAUUCCUCGGCAGCCUUCUAAUGUACUUUGGGCUCUUUUUAAUGUGUUUCUAUGGCGACGAGUCAGAAUGCAGUUAAAGGAGCAGAGAUUGUGUGUGUCUGUGUGUGUCUGUGUGUGUGUGUGUGUGUGUGUGUUGGCUUGAUAGUGUGCCUGCUGUCUGACAGACUCACCUUGUAGCACAUGAUCUCAAACUACUGUUGUAAUCAGGAUCGCCGACUGUGCCUUUCCACACGUAGUCAGAGACGCUCUGAUUUUCUUUUCCUUUCAUUUCUUACAAUAAGAGAAUUUGAAGCUUUUCAACCUGCACGAGCUGUAGUUUGACUCCUAGAGUUUACACAACAUGACUUUGUUUUUAUAUCAUCCGCGUUAAUCUCUUCCGAUAGCACGACUUCCUGACGUUGAAUCUGACGAGAGCGCGCGUGUCACCUCCACAUCAUUCCACUUUCCUGCAGCUUACUCGUCUCUUCUCUGGCCAACGACAGUUCAACAGGUUUUACUUCAAGGAGACAGAGGUACCUGGCUUUUAAUAUUCUAAACGUUAUCAGCCAUUAUCUUCCAAAUAUAUACAAAGAUCGUGAGAAACGGGCCCGAAAUGGAAACAAAAGAAAACCAAACUUUAGCAGGAAAUACGUUCUGCUGCUUGUACACAGGGUACGCCAGAGAAAACAGAUUUAGUGCUGUAGUCAUAAUUUUGUUUACAUCUCUGAAAGGAAAGCAAAAAACACGUCAAACCUUCACAGAGGAAAACUCAAAGUUCCCUUUUAUGAGAUAAACCUGCUGCUUCAGUAUUAUUAUCAUGAGAAAUAAUUCACUCCAUUCCAUUUUCUGCAUCGAGGGACCAAUUUGAUAAACGAAGCUCUGAGAUUUGAUUCUAUUUUAUUUGUUUUAUAAGUUUGCGAAUAGAGCUAAAGGAAGCAAAGGAAAAGGAUGAGGUGUAACAGAGAGAUAAAUUAUUUUAAAUGUGAACGUUAAUCAUGAAAACGUUUUUGUGAGUGACAACAAAAGUAACAUUUACCAUCAUUAAAACUACUAUAAAGAGCUGAUUUUAAAAUGAUCGGUUAUUAGCCCACAUGAACGUACAGUGAGAUCCAUGUUGUUAAAACACAGCUUCAGUCGAGUCUCUGAUCGAACAUUGAACCACUGCAACGGGAAAACUCUCCUGUCCUCAGAUGAGAAACGUGUUACUCAGAUGUUCCUAUGAUGGUUUAACAACUUAUAUAUUUUUACUAAAAUGUUUUGCUUGUUUUGAAAGCAAGAAAUGUGUAACCAUGUAGUUCAUAGAGCUAUAUUCAGCUCUUCCAGCCGACAGUUAAUCACUGGCUGCGUUAAACGAGAAGCAGAUUCACUUCUUAUAAAACACACGUGCAGAAGGUUCGAGGGUUUGAGUUUUAUUUGGCCUGAAAUGAAGUUUUCUUACUGCAACAGUGAAGUGUUGUAUUCCAUCAUCCUACAUCCUUCUUUACUUCACUUUUCAUGUCAUAUUAAUCCGGUUUCUCAGCCGCUGCAUAGAUCUGAUGGUCUGAAGUGAGUCAGACUUCAGGAAGCUACAGGCCGUCCCCCUUGGAGCUUGAUGCACUAAUCAGCCGAAGCCCUUUUCUACCUGUGAAUGUAAACCUCCUCCUCCCAGUGACUCUCUUUUGUAUUCUCCUGCCUCUGUAUUCCUGACUUGGUGGCUAUCCUGUCUAUGCAAAGCUUCAAAGAAGGGUUUUCUGAACCAAAGGUUAAAAACAAUCUGUGGCAGCUUGCGUCCGACACAAUCAUUAAACGGAAAAGUCACAAUAGGAUCAAAUGCUGCUGCAACAACCUGUCAUAUGCAAAGUAUUUUAGACUUCCUUCCAAGUUACAGUAUAAAAUGUAUGAUAGCAAUGUAAUAACCUCAAGUGUAAAUAUCCACCAUUAAAACUGUAUGAAUUAUA